AUGGCCCACCCUCUCAUUAUUCCAGAGUUGCUUGAAAACAUAUUCAGUGUCUUAGCCAAGGAUAAAGCGCUUUAUUCUGCUUUAUUUGUUAAUCACCUUUGGUAUCACUGUAGUGCUCCGAUUUUAUGGAGACGUAUUGAAUUUUUCACAGAAGAUUUUCAGCAGAGUCGAGGUGUCUUAAAUACAUCUGGACCUCUUUAUUGGCGAUUGAUGAAAUUUAAAAGAGUUAUAUGUGAAAAGAAAAAGCCACUCUAUUGCUCAAAGAUG